AUGAACACGGUGGAAGCUCUAGAUGCUAACCCCAACAAACAGGCGCUUCUGUCUUUCAAAUCCACAGUCUCGGACCCUCAAAAUGCUCUCUUAGAUUGGAACUCCAGCUCAUCUCACUGUACUUGGUUUGGUGUCACUUGCACCAGGAACAGAACCACCGUCCAAUCUCUCCACCUGCCUGGAGUUGGCCUCUCUGGUAUUAUACCUCCACACCUCUUCAACCUCACAUCUCUUCAAGUUUUAGAUCUUUCUAAUAAUUCCUUCCAAGGCCAGAUCCCUGCUGGGCUCUCCCAUUGUUAUAAUCUCAGAGAGAUCAAUUUACGGAGGAACCAACUUGUGGGUUCCCUUCCAUCUCAAUUAGGCCAUCUGUCUAGACUGAAAUUUAUGGAUGUGUAUGCCAACAAUCUUAGUGGUGCAAUCCCUCCAACUUUUGGAAAUCUCACCUCUCUUACCCAUCUAAACCUAGGAAGAAACAAUUUUCGUGACGAAAUUCCAAAGGAGUUGGGUAAUCUCCAUAAUUUAGUUCUUCUUCGCCUUUCAGAGAACCAAUUUUCUGGCCAGAUACCUAAUUCACUUUAUAACAUUUCUUCUUUAUCUUUUCUGUCACUAACCCAAAAUCAUCUUGUUGGAAAACUACCAACUGAUAUGGGUCUUGCUCUCCCUAAUCUCAGGCAACUCUUGUUGGCUGAGAACAGCUUUGAAGGAUUGAUACCCAGUUCUUUAAACAAUGCUUCAGAAAUUCAGUUUCUUGACCUCUCUUCAAAUUUAUUUCAAGGGUCAAUUCCUUUCCUUGGGAACAUGAAUAAACUUAUCAUGCUAAAUCUAGGAGUGAAUAAUCUCUCUUCCACCACAGAGCUGAAUCUUCAGGUAUUCGAUUCCCUCACAAACUGUACCCUAUUGGAAAGCCUCAUUCUGAAUUCCAACAAACUGGCCGGCGACCUUCCAAGUUCAGUUGCAAAUCUGUCAGCCCAUCUUCAACAUUUUUGCAUUGAAAGCAAUCUCUUUACUGGGAAAUUACCCAGAGGAAUUGAUAAGUUUCAGAGCCUCAUAUCCUUGACAAUGCAGCAAAAUCUUUUCACAGGUGAGCUACCAAAUUCCAUAGGAAAACUCAACAAACUGCAGAGAAUUUUUGUCCACGAAAACAUGUUCUCAGGAGAAAUUCCUAAUAUCUUUGGGAAUCUUACACAAUUGUAUAUGCUCACAUUGGGAUACAAUCAGUUUUCUGGUAGAAUCCCUGUGAGUAUUGGUGAAUGCCAGCAAUUAAACACCCUGGGUUCUCUCCCCAUUGAAGUCGGUAGCCUGAAGCAGCUCUCCUUAUUGAAUGUUUCUGACAACCAGUUCUCCGGAAACAUCACAGAAACAAUUGGCAACUGCUUAAGUUUGCAAACUCUUAGCAUGGCAAGAAAUGGAAUAAUGGGCUCAAUACCGGAUAAAGUGGGCAAACUAGUGGCAUUGAAGAGCUUGGAUCUUUCUUCCAACAAUCUCUCUGGCCCAAUCCCCGAAGAUUUGGGGAGUCUUAAGGAAAUGAUAUGCUUUGUGGAAGUGACCAAGAGGUUGCAGGGAAGCUGA